CAGAAGAGAGCUGCAGGGAAUAUAUUUGAGGAACCUGCUCUGAUGUCAGAAGCAAAUAUAAGAGAGAGGCGACUUCACGCUUUGCAUUCAGAUUGAAAUGAUAGAGAAAUGUAAAUGACAUGAAGACAUCAUACUGUGCUUCUUUUAUACUAACAAUCUCACCCAGGAGGGUUUAACCCCUCUGGGCUGCAUCUUGCACGCAGAGCGAAGACAGAAAACCACAGGCCUUUAAAUAGAUGACUGAAAAAGAGAAGUGUGAAGUGGACAGAGAUACACACGCCGCGGGGACAGAGGGCGAAAAAGCAAGAGAACAGAAGUUUACAUCAGUCUGUAAUAAAGCAGAAAGUGGCAGAGGGAGAGGGACUCCAGAUAACACUCGGAGCUGGGCUAACCUGGGACUUUACUCACAGCUGCAGCUUCACAAAGCAGGACACCAAAGACGAGGACAGGAGGAGGAAGGGAGGAACUGUGUGAACGAGGAAGAGGUCGCCAGCCAUGGGGAACCUCAUUAAGGUCCUUGGCAAGGAUUUAGAGAACUGUCCACAUUUUUUCCUGGACUUUGAAAGGGGCUCAUGGGAAACCUCCUGAAAGUGCUGGCUUGCGCCGAACUUGAGCAUGGCCCGAUAGUUUUCCUUGACUUUGAACAUGCCCAGCCCACGGAGGCAGAGACAGCCGUGUGGAACCAGGUCAGCGCUGUGCUGGAGGAGGCUCAUGGGAUCCUGGCCGAGCUGCAGUCCUAUAACGGCGCGGGCCAGGAGAUACGAGAAGCCAUCCAGAACCCAGGUGACCUUGCUCUGCAGGAGAAGGCCUGGAACGCAGUCUGCCCCCUGGUGGCCAAGCUGAAGAGGUUCUACGAGUUCUCCCUCCGACUGGAGAACGCCCUGCGGAGCCUGCUGGAGGCGCUGACGAGCCCGCCCUACGCUCCCAUGCAGCACCUGGAGAGAGAGCAGGCCCUGGCCAAACAGUUUGCUGAGAUUCUUCACUUUACGCUCAGCUUCGAUGAACUAAAGAUGACAAACCCUGCCAUUCAGAAUGACUUCAGCUACUACAGGAGGACCAUCAGCAGGAACAGGCUGAACAACCAGCAGCUGGAAGCUGAGAACGAGGUAAACAAUGAGAUGGCCAAUCGGAUGUCCCUGUUCUACGCCGAAGCGACGCCAAUGCUGAAGACUCUGAGCAACGCCACCACCAAGUUUGUCUCAGAGAAUAAGACCUUGCCCAUAGAGGACACCACGGACUGUCUGAGCACCAUGGCCUGUGUGUGUCGUGUCAUGCUGGAGACUCCGGAGUACCGCUGUCGGUUCACCAACACAGACACCAUGCUGUUCUGUAUGAGGGUGAUGGUGGGUGUCAUCAUCCUCUACGAUCACGUUCACCCUGUCGGAGCUUUUGCCAAGACCUCCAAAAUUGAUAUGAAGGGCUGCAUCAAGGUGCUGAAAGAGCAACCGUCCAACAGUGUGGAGGGACUUCUGAAUGCACUGAGGUACACAACACGGCAUCUAAAUGAUGACAGCACCUCCAAACAAAUCAGGGCCCUCCUGCAAUGAGCAGAGGAGGAGAGAGCGAGGAAGAGAGGGAAGGUGUGCACUUGGAGAAGGAGGAAGAAGAAGAGGAGGAGGAGGAGGAAACAAACACCAGUGGCUGAUGAACCUGUUUGUUUACAAUGAACAACGCCACCUGAUGAUAAUAGGAAGAGCAAAGUAAUUAUAUAUAUUGUCAGCUGUCCAUCAUUCUGUCUCUCAUUUUGUAAAGUAAGAAAAGAGAAAAAAGCCAGAAAAGAAAAUAUAGAUAUAUAUUAAAACAAGUGAAACACACGCAGCAGAUGAAAAAUAGGUAGUUUAAAGAAGAAGCUAUAUUGGGGAAAAAAAUGUAAGGUCAGAACUUGAAGUUAAGUGAUAAUGUACAAAAAAAAAAGGGUUCAUAUUCCAACGGUAGUCUGACAAGUAUUUUUGCACACACUUUGAAAACAAUGCCAUCUCCUCCCCCCCCGAAAUCUGGUCCCACACUGGUUCCUGCAGACUUUCCCCACGGCCCCCCCUCACACGCUCAGAUUUGCCGGCCUCCUUCAGCCGCACCGAUCUCCACCCAGUGAAGCAAUGUGAUGGAGACACGACUCCGGAGAUUUGCUUCCACCUGUUUUCCUUUCUUUUCUACAUCGGUGCAGCUGAGGGAGAGGAGGCACACGUGUUUUUAGGACGCUUUCAUUUCAACCACAUUUUGUUCUCCCGUUACCCAUCACCCCCUCUGCCCACCCGAUCGAUCCCUCCACGUGUUUCUUUCCCCUUGGCACAACAAUAACCCAUCGCCCUCACCGCUGUACAUGUUCCGGCACAAAACAUCUCACGAGUCCUCUGGCUUUACUUGAACAUUGUUCACCCUCUCUCUUUCUCUCCAUGGUGCUAAUGUGGUUUAGAUAUCACAGUCUGAGCUUUGUUAGAUCUCACUUAGCAGGAAAACAGAGGGUGUUUUCAUCUUCCUGUUUGCUUUAAUAUGUAGAAACUCAUGUUCUAAUAUCAGCAGACGAGCUUCUCAGCUUUUCUGUGGUUUCACCUUAGUGCACCAACCGGGACAAAUCUGAGUAGGAUCCAUGUAAGUCAAUCUAGCACACGUGCUUCUUCACCCAGUGCCAAAGCUGACUGGUUCACGCUCGAAAUACAUCAUCACUCCAAGGCUGGAGGAGGUGGGGUUGAGAGGGGGAUGGAGUCUUGUACAAAACUGAAAAAACAUCACAGAUAAUCAUCAUGAGUAGAAUGAUAGAAUUACACAAAUCAGAAGGUGGUGCUCAAAAUUUGCAAGCACGCCUGUCAGGAGAGCUAUCCGAGUGUUCACCGUGUAAAUGUGUGAGGCUUUUUCUCAACGGGCAUCUCCAUGGUCAGCGCGGGUCCUCGAGGAAAAACACGACAAACAUCCGCAUACAACUAGAGUUCUUUAGUUUCGUACGAGGUCGAUGAAGUUGUUGAACAAGUGGGGAAAUCAAAAAAGGAGAAUAAAAAAAGACUCAAAGGGAGAUUAAAAAUGAAGUGCUGUACUUUGGAUGUCUAUAGCCCUUAGUCUAAUUUCAUUUGAUCUUAUAAUAUAUUUUCUAUACAGGGGUAUGUGCACAAGCAUAUUCUGUAUAAAUAUAUAGAUGGCAUGUUGUAAAAGUUCUGACAGAAAUGUGUAAAUAAGGUGUUUUUAUUCAUUUUUAAUUGUUCAGUGAUGCUGAAAUUGGGUAUGUGUUGUCUCUCAGAAUUACCAUGCGUUUGGCUUGGACCAUCGGACUUGCCGUAGUCAUAGGUUUCAGAACUUCAGCUUCAUUAUGGCGAAAGAACCGGAGGGAGGGGAGGGACGCUGAGGGGUGGGUGGGGGCUGUCCAUUUGCUUGUUAUUUUGUACAUUUUGUGCAACAAUAAACUUGUCAUUUAUUACAUUAA